UCCAUCAUCAAGCAGCCGCGACCGCAGACCGACGGGAUCGGGGAGCAGAGGGACUGUACGCCGCCGAAGAUUUUCAAAAGCGCUGGAAAAUUACGGUUUUCCGUGGGGUAACAAUGGUGGGAAUUUCUCCUUGAGCUGUUCCGAUGAAAUAGCGUCGAAAUGACUCUCGCACACGCAGAGAGAACGUAAAGAAAGAAGGAGAAAAGGUCGCUGAUUGGGAUGACGGUCUAAAUCCGGCCGGCUUCCUCUGCUUCGUGACUACAUUUCCCAUGGAGCUGUGCGCUGACACGCACACUGUUGUACCAUGGAGCCACCAGUCAGGGUUUUGGACCCAAAGAGCCAGUGAGACAGAAGAAGACCUGAUAUUGUGAUAUCGCCCUCCCGUCGUCUCUUUUUUUUUUUUGCAUCCAUCUCUCCGAGGCCUCUUCUGGGCAGCUGGAGCUACUUGCGCCCCCCCCCCACCUCCCUCGACUCCUGCUGUGGAUUAAAGACUUUUAUCAAGACUCUGACUAUCAGCUGACCAGAAAGCUCCGGAUCACAAGAGGCCGGCCCGGUCCGGGCCCAGUUCCGGUCCCACUUCCGGUUCAGUCUCCGCUGCGGGAUGGCAGGUCCGCCGCUCUGGUGGGCCGUGUUUGCCGCCGCUCUGCUGCUGACCCUCAGGGCCGACGCUGCGGGUCAGAACCCGGACCACGUCCUGCAGGGCACGGGGGUGAAACCCGAAGCUCGGCGGCCCGGCGAGGACUCGACCAUAGCGCCCGAGGACGCCGCCCGCUUCCUCAGCUGCUACUGCUCCGGACACUGUCCCGAGGACGCCGUCAACAACACCUGCCAGACCAACGGUCAGUGCUUCGCCAUCAUCGAGGAGGACGAGCAGCACGGCGACACCAUCCUCACGUCCGGCUGCAUGAAGUAUGAAGGGUCACACUUCCAGUGCAAGGACUCCCCCAAUGCUCAGACCAGGAGGACAAUCGAGUGCUGCAACACCGACUUCUGCAACCGAGACCUGCAGCCCACCCUCCCCCCUCAGCCGCCACCCGACGGCAGCCCUCAUUGGCUGGCCUUCCUCAUCUCCAUGACGGUCUGCUGCUGCACUCUGAUCUGUGUCACCGUCGUCUGCUACUACAGGUAUAAGUGGCAGAGUGAGCGUCAGCGGUAUCACAAGGAUCUGGAGCAGGAGGUCUUCAUCCCUGUGGGAGAGUCGCUCAAAGACCUCAUCCACCAAUCACAGAGCUCUGGCAGUGGCUCCGGGCUCCCCCUGCUGGUGCAGCGAACAAUAGCCAAGCAGAUCCAGAUGGUGCGUCAGAUCGGCAAGGGGAGGUAUGGCGAGGUGUGGAUGGGCCGAUGGAGGGGAGAAAAAGUGGCCGUCAAAGUCUUCUUCACCAGAGAGGAAGCCAGCUGGUUCAGAGAGACUGAGAUUUACCAGACCGUCCUAAUGAGACAUGAGAACAUCCUCGGCUUCAUCGCGGCCGACAUCAAAGGCACCGGCGCCUUCACGCAGCUCUUCCUCAUCACCGACUACCACGAGAACGGCUCGCUGCACGACUACCUGAAGCUGAGCACGCUGGACACGCAGACCCUGCUGCGGCUGGCGUACUCGGCCGCCUGCGGCCUCUGCCACCUGCACACCGAGAUCUACGGCACGCAGGGCAAGCCGGCCAUCGCCCACCGGGACCUGAAGAGCAAGAACAUCCUGAUCAAGAAGAACGGCGCCUGCUGCAUCGCCGACCUCGGCCUCGCCGUCAAGUUCAACAGCGACACUAACGAGGUGGACGUCCCCCUGAGCACCCGGGUCGGGACGAGGCGCUACAUGGCCCCCGAGGUCCUGGACGACAGCCUCAAUAAGAACCACUUCCAGGCGUACAUCAUGGCCGACAUGUACAGCUACGGCCUCGUCAUCUGGGAGAUGGCCAGACGCUGCGUCACCGGAGGUAUCGUGGAGGACUACCAGCCGCCGUACUACGAGAUGGUCCCGUCUGACCCGUCGUAUGAAGACAUGCUGGAGGUGGUUUGUGUUAAAGGAAUGCGCCCGGCGGUGUCCAACCGCUGGAACAGUGACGAGUGCCUUCGCGCCAUGCUGAAGCUGAUGUCAGAGUGCUGGGCUCAUAACCCCGCCUCCCGCCUCACCAUCCUCAGAGUGAAGAAGACACUCGCCAAGAUGGUGGAGUCCCAGGACAUCAAGAUCUGACCGCCCUCCUCCUCCUCCUUCGUGCCACCUGAACACACUCAACUAACCUGGACCUGCUCAGGCUCAGUGCAUCACCCUCUUCAUCAGGAGGAGGAAGAGGAGAAGUUGGGAGAUAAUAAUGGACCCAUUUCAGGGCUGAACUGCGCAUCUCCUCCUUCCUCCAUCUUCAGUAUGUCUGGAAACAAACAUGGAGUCCGUCCUCCUCCUCCUCUUCCUCUGCCCGGUUUGACGCUUUCUGUGAAAGCCAAAUGAGACGAUGAUGGCGAGGAGAGAGGGAGGCUCUCGAUGCUCGUUGGGAAUGAACACAAAUGUUUUAUUUUUUUUUUUUAAAGGACUCGUCGAGUUUCAAGACGCUAAAAAAAAAAGCCAAUUUUGUUGUUACUUUCUCUUCAGGACCGAGUUCUCCUGCCAUAUCGAAAUAUAUCUCCACUCUAAAAAGUAGAGUUAAUUAUAUAUUAAAAAAAGGUACUAUUAUAAUAUGUGACUUUUAAUGUGUAAAUAAAUGUUAUUAGAUGCCGUGCCUACUCCAGAGAGGCUUUUUUGUAAAUCACCAGAACACUAUGCUGCAGUGGUGUUGACGUCCAGCCGACUCCAGGAGACGACGAUGGAGUCACUACGGAGACGUCUGCCGUCCUGUCCGUCUGUCCACGUCCCGGCUGUCUGUCUGGAGAUUGAUCAGUGAUGUAAAGAGGUUGAGCUGCUCUGGUGUCACAAAGAAAUCUGAUUGGUUGAAGUUUAAACCUCAGUGGGAGGAGCCUAAUUGAUCAGAGUGCCAAAGGAGAAGCUAAGUCCCGCCCCUUCCGCUGUUUAUGCAAAGAUAUUGUUUAAAGUUGGUCAACGGCAAGAGAAUAAUUGUUUUGAUGCAAUAUUAAUUAAGUAUUUUCACAGUUCAAUAGUUUUACUACAAAAUUAGACUUUCUUGCUGUAAUAAAUGUACAUUAUGUGUAAUUCACGGCACAAUUCAUAAAGAUUCUGUCUAACCGGUUACUACUUUAUGUUUUCCUAAAUAAAGUCCUGUACGACUAAGAAAUUGAAAGAUUUGCAAUAUAACUUGAAUCUUUUAUUCAUUAAGUUUAUUUCGAUUUUUAAUGAGACGAAUGUUCGAUACCUCCUGGAAUGUCAAAAAUAAACGACUGCUUAAACGUUAAAAUUAAAAAAAUGUAAACCUUUUAAAAGCCAAAGGAUGAUAUGCAGCAGGAUGGAAGGGACAUCAUUAAAACCAUUAAAUAAAUAAAAAAUUCUAUAUUAACUUUUGGCUCCUCCCACUCAGAUUUCUUCCGGAUUUACGAUAGAUUUAUUUCAAUUAUCCUCUAUUUUAAUGCAUUAAAGGCGUUACUUCAGUUGCAUUUUGGGACUAAACCUUCUUAUUAAUAUUAUUUGGGAAACCAGUCCAGAACGGAUUAGCCUAGUUUAGCACAAAGAUUGAAAGCGAGCGGAAACGGUUAGCUUUGCAACAUAACAUUUAAUAUCUCUAAAUAUUGUGGAUUGAUGUUUUAUUCGUUGUUUUUUUGGGGAAUCUGUUUAGAAACCAACACAUACAAUUAGACAUUUUAGCAGCAGUUAGCAUUUGAGCUAAGCUAGCAGCUUCCCCAUACUUACAGUAUUUGUGCUAAGCUAAACACCCUGGACCUAAAAUGUUGUAUUGUUCCUUUUUAACUGUUGCGUGUUCUCUCCUCAGUGUGCGCGUGUGUGUAUGUAUGAAGCUAACGGAUUAUACAGUUCACACAUUUAAGAGCAGUGACUUUAGUGUUUUUCUCUGUAAUAAAUAUGCAAGGAAAGUCCCCGUAUAGGAAUAAUCUCUGAUGUAAAUGUGUUGGUGUUUUGUACAGCAUCUGGUUCAGUGCCUUGAGUUUACCAAGGAAAUGAAAAACUCUGUAUACAGUCUGUCCAAUGUAAUGAUUUUUAAGUAAAUAACCUUAUUUUAGUACACAAACUGUUCUUUCACUUGUGGUUUAUUUAUUAUUUAGUAUUCCUUUGAAGCAAUUUGGUAACUCAACCAGAUGGUCAAAUCUACAUUAUUUUAAUGAUAUUGGCAAAACAAUUUGUACUAGCUGUUAUUUGAAGCCAGUUAAGAUAUGACUUUAAAAUUGCAGUCAAAUGA